AUGGUGAAAUCUAUACAAGUGUUAAGGAUUCAUCUACUGGAACUUGAAAAAGUAAAUGAACUGUGCAAGGAUUUCUGUAACAGAUACAUCGCCUGCCUGAAAGGAAAACUCCAGAGUGAAAACAUACUAAGGACAGAGAGUUCCAGUGGGGAUAGUUUAGAUGAUAGUUUUGACUCCCCCCACCAGGGGCUCUCUCAGGGUAGCCCUGGGGUGUCAUCUGGGGUUACCACAAUGGGGGGAAGCACAGUUGUGCUACAGAAUGCUGGAGGUGUCCAGCAAGCCGCGGUGGCUCUAAACCCGGGACAGAUAGUGUCUGGAGGAACUGUGUACCAGAUGGUGCAGACACCACAGGGAAUUGUGGCACAGCCGAUACAGAUCCAGACAGCAGUGCAGCCACAGGUGGCCUCUGUGAUACACGGCAGCACACCACUGUCACAGAUAGGUGUCCCCACCGUCAGUACGCCAGUGUCACGCACACAAACAGUAACUAGUCCCCACCCUUCCACGCCUUCCAUGCCCUUGUCUCCGUCCGAAGAUGAAGAUUCAGCCAAGAAAAAAGCGAAGCGAGGCGUGCUGCCAAAACAGGCCACACAAGUGAUGAAGUCUUGGCUGUUUCAGCAUAUAGUGCAUCCAUAUCCCACUGAAGAUGAAAAAAGGCAGAUAGCAGGACAAACAAAUCUCACUUUACUGCAAGUGAAUAACUGGUUUAUCAAUGCCAGAAGACGGAUACUUCAACCCAUGUUGGAUGCCUCCAACCCAGAGGGUAGCAAAGCCAAGAAAAACAAGCCUCAGAACAACCGCCCUGUCCAGCGGUUCUGGCCAGAUAGUAUAGCAAAUCUUCAGCCUCAACCACAGCAAGUGUCCUCAUUACAACAACAGCAACAACAACAACAGCAGCAGACCAGUACUGGGAGCACAGCUGGUCCAACCCCGGGUACCAUCACUGUCGUACCUUACUUCUCAUCAGACGGUCAGCUCAUCAGCACCCAGGCGGUCACUCUGGAAGCUCUGCAGACCUCAGCGUUACAGACGUCUCACGUGAACCCCAUGUUAAGUGAGGCACAGCCUACAGGUGCCAACAGCCCCACUCUCAUGGUCCAGAAUGGGGAACAGGACGAGAAAGACAAUGAGGAGGAAGGGGCGUUACAGAGUAGCGACCUGGGGAUGGAGAAUAGUGAUGAUGAUUCAGACUUGGUAGGGGAUGACUGAGGAGGAAAAUGAAGUUGGGGGAAAAAGAUAUGGGUGAUACCUGGUUAUAGUAAAUACCUGAAAAACCAGAGAAUCAUACAAGACAUGUUGGAUGUAGUCUUGGAAGACUUUUAUAUGGAUGGCUGUGAUUUGAAAAGAUAAGAUCUUCAAUGAAGAUGAUUUUGUGCCUUUGAAAGAUUUGGAAGGUAGAUAAUAGUGCUCAGUGUUCAUUGGGACCUAGUGGGUCAACUAAAGGCUUUCUUGAGGAGGUGACCAAGUAAGGAAGAAUUAUUUGGUAUCUGGCUUUAGUGCCUAUGAACCUAAGAACUAGAAUUCUUUAGUAAGUGGAAGAGGAAGAAAAUUGUACUGAGACAAAGAUUUUCAUGUGUUGUAUACUAGGUCAUCUUGCCUAUGGACAGAAUUGGAGAAGGAAUAUUGUAAAGCAAAUAUUAUAUACUGGGUUGUAAAAUCAUGU